AAGGAUUGAAAUGCCAAGAAAGGCAAAUUAGAAUUGCGUAAAAGUGAUUGAUAUCUCAUACACAUUGAUCAAGGACUUGAACAUUGCUAUAUAAAAUACCUAACAGGAGCAGGAGGCAUCCAUCCUGUUGGGUAUAACCAUUUGCAUCCUAGCUGCAAUAAUUGGCUGUGAAAGAUGGCUGGAUCAAAGCAAAUCCAUCUUGUGUUCAUUUUUUUCACAUUUUUUCUUCUGUGCUUGGACCCAACACCAACUAGAGCUGAAGUUUCUGGUGCAGGGCGUAAAAUAGAAUUUGAAUACAAGGCAGGGAGCAAGAAAGGACCAGAACACUGGGGAGACCUUAAGAAAGAAUGGAUGACAUGCAAGAAUGGCAAAGGCCAAUCACCCAUAGAUUUAAGGGAUGGGAUUGCCACCAAAGUGAACUCAAGUUUAGAGCAUUUUAAAAUCAGUUAUAAGCCUACAAAAGCCAUUUUGAAGAAUGAAGGUCAUGCUAUCGCGGUUAUAUGGGACGGUGAUGCUGGAUCAAUCAGUAUCAAUGGCAAAGAAUACAACCUCAGACAAUGCCAUUGGCACUCCCCCUCAGAGCAUUCCAUUGAUGGCAAAAGGUAUGAUGUGGAAUUGCACAUGGUUCACAGAGCCAAGAACAACAGUGAUGUAGCUGUGGUUGGCUUCCUCUACAAAAUUGGCCAACCAAAUCCUUUCAUCUCAAAGGUCAAAAAGGCGAUAGCGUCGAUGAUGGAUGUAGAGAAGGAUGUACAACUGGGAGUGAUUGAUCCAAGGAAGAUGAAGAAGGCUAAGCUCGGGUUUCAGGACCCGAAAAAGAGGAAGAUGAAAAAGGCUAGCUCGAAAUUUUACAGAUACAGUGGAUCAUUCACAACCCCUCCUUGCAGUGAAGGAGUAACUUGGACCAUAAACAAACAGGUACAUACUGUUUCAAUAGCACAAGUGAAGUUGCUUCAACAAGCCGUUUUCGAUUUUGCAGAGAUGAAUGCAAGACCAGUACAACCUCUCAAUGGCCGGGAGGUCAAGCUCCACGGUUCAACGUUUGUCAAUUUGAAAAACUAACGACCUCCGUGAUUGGAAAAGAAAAAAACUCUACAUUUCCGAUGUACUAAUUAGUCCUUGCACAAUGUUGAUUAAGAUACCCAUCUUGAAAAGUUCUAUAUGAACUUCAGAAGCUGUGUGGGCAAGUCUAUCUCAGGAAGUCAAUGAUUGUCUUCAGUUUUGCUCCAGUCUAAUUCAUUGUCUCUUCAUUCAAUUUAUAUGUACUUUUGAAGUUGCAAACCUAUUUGCAAUUGAAUUACAAAUUGAUAUCAUGAUAUCUUUGUCA